CGCGGAGGGGCGGAGGGGAGCGGGCCGAGUGGGAGUUGGCGGCGCUGCGGGCCGGGCGCGGGGCCGCGGGGCUGAGAUGCGGCGGUGACCGGCGCGGCCGCCCGACAUGAACUCGCUGGAGCAGGCGGAAGAUCUUAAGGCUUUCGAGAGGAGACUUACUGAAUAUAUUCAUUGUUUGCAACCUGCCACUGGACGUUGGAGAAUGCUGCUUAUAGUGGUAUCUGUAUGUACAGCUACUGGUGCCUGGAACUGGUUAAUAGAUCCUGAGACACAAAAGGUGUCCUUCUUCACCUCGCUAUGGAACCACCCGUUCUUCACCAUCAGCUGCAUCACUCUCAUCGGCCUGUUCUUUGCUGGGAUACACAAGAGAGUAGUCGCGCCGUCCAUUAUAGCCGCUCGAUGUCGAACUGUAUUAGCAGAGUAUAACAUGUCUUGUGACGAUACAGGAAAACUAAUUUUGAAACCCAGGCCUCAUGUUCAAUGACAAUCUGCACUCGUUACUGUGGGACCUAAAACAGCCUUUCUUCAAAUUAAGUUAUACAGCAAAAAGCCAUAAAGGAUUCCUUUCCCAGUUGGACAUAUGAAGGUCACAGUAACAAUUGACAAGAAGUGUGCAAUAUUUACCCAGAUUCUCUUGAUGACGACUCGCAUUGUCAGUGCUUUGGUACCUUUGAUUAUCUGUGUUUCAGUAUUAGUGUCACUUUAAUACUUCGGCUCCUGCAAAGAUCUUUGCAGAUGAAGUAUGUACGUAUGUUACUAAGUUAAACUUAGACACAGAACCUCAUCCAGUUUUUAUAAUGUAUUUUUGCAAACUCCUGUAAAUAGCCAAUCAAUGCCAAUGGUAAAGAGGAAGACGUGAUGCGGACUGUGUUCUCCUGUACCAGUAUUUCAGGAACAUCUUGUAUCUCCACAGCCCUUCCCAGCCAGCUCUCGUGCGGAGCUGUUCCUUCAUCUCACGCGGCACGUUUUUCAUCUUAACACAGGACAAACACCAGACGGGGCAUCGACGGAGGAAAAACUCAUUUCCUUUAUGCUGAGAGAAAUUACAGAGGUUUAGAGACAUGAUCCGUGUUAGACCACAUAGUCACGCCAGCCGCUGUUGUGUUUUCCAGUUUGUUUGUCUUCAUUUCAUGCUCCACAUACUUGAUAUUCUUUUUAAGUAAUUUUAAGGAUACUCCAAAGGCUUCUGAGUAUGCAGGCUUAGUUAUAAAGGACGUACGGUCUGGGGGUGUGAUAGCCCUUGGUUUAGACCGUUGGAUCUUAGGCUGUGGUAGACGGGCUGGGACGUGAGUGUCACGCAGGAGUGGCCCCCUCCUCCAUCACCCGUUUCGUGGAGCGGUGCCACACACCAGGCGACAGUUCUCACUGCUCCGAGAGUUAACGACAUACUGUGUAUGCAUAUUAGCCCCGUGUACGAUAAUGGCCCUUAAAAUCAAACUAUUGGGAUUGCUGUAAAUAUUUUAAAGAACUGGAGGUGCCUUUUACCUGUUUAUUGGAAGAUUUUUGAAAAGGUUUAAAUUACUUCACACGCCGUCUUUUAAAUUUCAAUGAACGACAAACUGAAAAUUCAGUAAUUCAAAUUUUAAUCGGGCUAGCAACCACUUAACUGAAAUGUGUUCAUUUUGGCUUAAACAUGUAUAAAAUUUUAUUCUUUAAACUGCAGCAAUAAAACCCUCUGCUCCUAAGAAGUCCUAAGAGGGUACUCUAUAUAUUCUGCAUUGUUUUAUUUUCUGUAAAUUUUGUAGGUAAAUAUGUGCAUAAAAAUAAAUACUUUAUAUAUAAUUA